AUGGAUGCAAUUCUUUAUUAUAAAAACGGAUGGGUGCAAAACAUUUCCGGCCGAAAAAUACAGGAUAAACAUAUAGUGCACGGAGUUGUUCGACAUUCGUUUGCGUUAAAUGAAAAUUCGCUUCGUCCCUGGAUUUUGAUAGACGAACAUGGAAAAAUUCUUGCUGCACAUUGCAACUGUGCUAUCGGAAUCCUGGAAGCAUGUAGUCACAUCGGAGCCACGCUAUUUGGCCUUGAAGGAAUUCGAACAUCUUUACUCGAGAAAAAGCUAUCUGUAACUGAUUUGCCGGCAUAUUGGCGAAAAACUCCGGCAAAUAUUAGUGAGAACCUAUACAAAAAAGUACGUGAAAUCGACUUCGGCAAGCGCAUUCAUAAAACCUAUCCAUCUAGUACUUACCAGCACCGAUGUCGAGAACUUUUGAUAUUGCUACAAGAAGAUGGCUUGAAUGUUGCUGCUUCCAAUUUAUACUGCGGUGAAAUCAACAUGGAUUACAGUUGUGCAACCUGUACGAACGACUCACGCAUUAAAGAACAAUUGAGUGCAUACAACCUCCAAUCACUUCAUGACCCAUCAAAUACUUAUUCGACGGCUGAAUUGAUAGAAGUCGCAUCCGAAUACGUUCAGAGCAUUCCAAAUAAUCCAGAAAUGAUAAAAAAAAUAAACGAAUUAACAACCGAACGAAGCGACUCUAUGUGGUGGAAUGUAUUCAGAAGUGGACGUGUCACUGCUUCCAAUAUAAAAGACGGGUUUGGCUAUCACGAUGAGUUCCUCAUGCCUCUGCCAGAUAUAAAAGACGUAUGUAGCACUCAAAUAGCUAGGCCAUCAGUAUCCCUUAUCAAAAGGAUCUGUUAUCCUAAUGAGACAACGUUUUCUACUUCAGCGACCAAGUAUGGUAAGAAAAAUGAGGAAAAAGCUAUUGACCAAUUAUACCGUGCGGUUAAACAUUUGCAUCAAAACUUGCGGAAGAGUAAAUCAGGGCUGAUUAUUUACGAUAAAUAUCCGCUUAUGGGAGCAUCGCCGGAUGCAAUUUUUUCUUGUGAUUGUCAUGGUUCAAUUACGGUUGAGGUGAAAUGUCCUUUCACAGCCCGAUUCUGUUCAGAUAUGACUACAACGUUACUACAACUCAAGGAUUCUUUUGUUAGUCGUAAUGAUUCGGGAGAAAUUGUUUUAAAUACAAAGCACAAAUACUUUUUUCAGGCUAUGAUGCAAUUAUACGUAUGUAAGGCAAAUUUCGGAUAUUUUUACGUAUGGUCUCCUAAUCAAGUGUUACUGUUUGAAAUUAAAAAAAGAGAUGAGUUCUGGUUAAACUGUGAAAACAUGGUGUUAGUCCAUGAAAUUCGGGUGAAUUUUGAUCCAAUGCUUCGUACAGAUGUUUUAAAGUACGCCCGCAACUAA